AUGGCAACCAGACAUCACCACACGACCAGCGGCGGCAUCGGCAACCGCCGGGCGGCCCGCAACGCGGCGUUUCAGGAGAAGAUGCGGCAGAUGCGGCUGCCUCUCGCCCCGCUCGUGCAGAUGUCGACGGGCACCGUCCACCCGGCCUUCCCCGCGACGCUGCUCAACUUCUGGCUCCUCACCGAGGCCCAGCUUGACGACCUCGCCCGCUUCUACCACCAGCGCAGCCCCUCGCCUUGGUCCGGGCAGUAUCCCUGUCCCAUCACCUGGCAGUCGGGCCUUAGCCUCGAGGAGAAGCGGAGGAAGAUUGGAAAGUUCAUCGGUCUCAGGGGCUGCGACACGCCUAUCCGGAUACGCAUCAAGACCGAGGAGCAGAUCAUGGAGGAGGCACGACAGGCAAGGCUUGCCGAGGAUGAUGAGGCUUUGCGGAGGAAGAUGCCUUGGUACUCAUGAGCGCUGUGUUAUCACCGUUCUCGGCCAUCCGGGCUCAGGGGAGGAUAUAACACAUGGCGGUUGAUUUGACGAUUUGGUUUCUUUUGGCUCAUCUGCUCUUGUUGCAUGGCAUUGCGUUGAUAUCAACACACAUCGAGGCGUUGGCGGCGGGGUUUACGACAUGUAGUGAAUAGACC